AUGGCGGGACCCUCCUCACAGAAAACCUCCUCACAAGAGACCCCCUUGGCACCACCACCUAGCCUGCCUCCAGAAAAACCAUCCUCAACCCACGAACCCAAGUCCGAGCCCCUCAAGGUUAAGUGCGUCAAAUGCGGUUCUCUGGACGCCCUCCCUGUGCGAACACUGUCUCGCUUGACCAAGGGUGCCGAGAACGGGAGGAGAGAGAUGCUGAAGGUUAUUUUGGAUGGCACCUGUGUCCGCGACGUACCAUUGUGCUCUGGCUGUUUUAUGCACGCCAAGGGUUGCUUCGCCUUUCGAUCGCGUCUCCACAUGGUGAAACGGUUAACGUGGUCAACGAAGACGAAUGAAGAUGCCAUCCAAGUUGAGGAGUGUUUUAGGUGCUUCGACACUGAGUUUGCGAGGCACGUGCAAAGGUUGAAGGAUGCGGACGAGCUCAUCAAUUAUGUUCGCGGCUUGGAAAAGCCUUCUACUGGAAAAUUGCCAGUGCCCGAUUCUUUAGAACGGCUUCUCAAAGAACGCAGCCCCCAACGAUCUUGUCCAACACCGCCCAAGGAUUAUCCCGUGCAGAUUCCCGAUCUCCUCGCUCUGAAAAAAGCGAGUGAGAGCUAUGUGGCAGCCCUGGGCAGAACGGGAGAAGCGAGUGAGCAGCGGCGUCGAAUCACGCAGCUGCAAAACGGGCUACUUGAUGACUUCAUGCGACUUCCUCCUAUUCGUUAUUCACAAGGACAGGCGGCGACAAAUGCCGCCGUGUCAGAUCCUACUCCUAUCUAUUGCGGAAUCUGCGAGUGGUGCCGGACUAUUCUUGCCCGAAGUUCGUCUCGAGGGCUCGCCUUCUCUGAUGGGGAAUCCGUCUGA